AUGCGAUUUUGGCGACGGACGCCAUUGCUUUUAUUAGCCGUUUUAGCAAUAACGGAUAUAACAGUUUUGUUAGAUGGUCUUCUACGCUAUUGGAUUGAAUACACCUUUAAAAUAGACAUCCGAACUUUGUCAGAUGCAAGCUGCAAAAUCAAUUUAUUCAUCCUUUAUUUUGCAAUGCAAUACUCCUCAUGGAUUCUAGUGUGUCUGAUCGUUGAUAGAUUUAUCAAAACAAAUUUUCCAUUCUUAUACAUUAAAAAACUCACUCGAAUGUUAUUGCUAAAUAGCACGUACUUUUUACUUACUACAGUUCCCAUAAGCAUUCAAGUACCAAAAUAA